UUUAAAAACCUACUUUUAUUUUUCGACACAAGGCAGGGGUUCUGGACGCGGGGCGGGAUUUGAGAAUUUAGUUCUUGCUUCAAUAUCAAAUUCUAACAAUUUCGAUUACAAGAAUUCACUAACCCUUAAACCUUCUCAAUUUCCCCCAAUUCUAUUCCUAGGGUUUAACAAAGGGGUUUUGUAUUGAGGUUUUCUUCACUAUCUUCUAUCGCUAUUCACAAUGUCACUUUCGUUGUUCUCCACUCCUCAACAAUCGCAACCACAGUCUCUUUUUCAACCACAGCAGCAACAGCAACAAUCUCCCUUUCAGCAGCAGAGCAAUUUGUUCCAGCCACAGCAACAACAACAGCAACAACAACAACAACAAUUUCAACAACAGCAGCAGCAACAACAGUUGUUUCUGUUCACUAACGAUAAAACUCCCGCCAGUUACAGCACCAAUUGGGCGGAUCUACAUCCUGAUUCCCAGAAGUUUCUACUUCAGAUCGAGGAACGGGUAUUGGAAUAUAGAGAUGAAAGCCAGAGACUUGAUCAGUGUAAUCGUCUUUAUGAUUCUUCAGUUUCGAAUGAUGGGUUUGAGGUUGAUGCAAGCCAUAUUGUUCAGGAACUUGGUGGAAUCAGCACUGCUAUGGAACGGCAGAAAACUUUGCUACAUGAAUUGAUGUCAGCUGUUAAAGAUAUGUUACGUAAUACAGAGGUUGCUGUUCGAUCCUUUAUGAUCCUACGUCCAAGGUUCCAUCAUCCUAGUGGGGGAGCAUCAAGUGCCACUGCCCCAUCACAGACCCCAGGAGCAACAACACCUAGUUUGAACAGCCAAUCAACAACUACAUCUAUAGUGCCCGUUUUUGAUUUCUACAGUGGUCUUCCGAAGAAACCAUCACCCUUUUUACAGCAAACAAUUCUUCGAUUUGAGAAAUAUCUUGGUGAAUGUCAUCAGUGGAUUCAAGAGUUAGAGCAGCUGCUUCUCCUAGAAUCUGAAAAAAACGGUUCUAAUAAUGGAUCCUCGUUAUUGCAGUCUCUUCCCAAAGUCAUGACAAAUGUGCAUGACUUUUUUGUUCACGUGGCUGCAAAGGUUGAGAGCAUUCAUCAGUACAUGGAAUCUAUGAAAUCAGCAUACCUAGCUGAUCAGCGCCGCCGAGGGGAGGUGAAUGAUCCUUUUCUAGAGGCUGACCGGCGAGAAACUGCAAGACAAGAAGCUGUCAAAAGAGUUCAUCCGACAUUGCAUUUACCUGCAAAUUCACAACCCUCAACUCAAGUUGCUGGGUUGUUUUCCAGUUCAGGAACUCAAGGAGCAUUGACUGCCCAACAGACUGCUGCAACAACUUCAGCUUUAUCAACAGGAAGUGGUUUGUCUCUUUUUAGCACACCAACUUCUGCUCCAUCGUCGUCUAUGUCAUCUUUGUUUGCAACACCAUCAACUCCGGCUCAAGGAAACUCAUGGUUUGGAUCAUCUAGUGCUACGCCUCAAACCUCACUUUUCGGUUCUGCAUCAUCAUCGCUACCUGGUGCGACAUCAUCUCCCUCUCUGUUCGGUAAUAGUACUCCAUUGUUUAGUUCAACUCCGGCUUCAAGUUCACUCUUUUCAACUCCGUUUGCGUCAGGUGCUGCAGCAGGAUCAGGAGCAAGCUUUGGAGGAUCUAAAAAUCCACGGCCAAAAUCCAGAACUGCUCGGCGCUAAUAGAAGCAAUCUGAAAUCAUGAAGUUGAUGAGACCCUUUUCUGCUACCAAAAAAAAUAUGAAUGUACCACUUGAAGUAUCGGUCCUUCCUUGAUAGAUGGUCUUAAAAUGAUUUUUGCUAUUAAUCUAAUGUCUUCCAUCAGGCUUUUAUAGCGGGUUACUGUUGAACCCAUUUUUUUAAAACAUUUGUCUAGGUUAGGUGAUUUUGAAUGCUAAAGUUUUCCAAAUUGUAGCUAUAGCUUCUUGCUGGUUCUAGUUUGAACUCGAUCCAUCAUUCAUUGUUGUAAAAGAUAUCAGAUUCUAGGCAUCAGUUUAAUUGUAUGGCUCCUUUUUACUUAUAGAUUUCAAUGUGGAUAGUUGGUCUUUGAUUUUUA